AUGGACAAAGAUUAAGAGACUAAUAAUUUGGCUAGCACUCCUAAAAAUACUAGAUAAGACUCUCCUUUAGAUUAUAAAGUAGAAGAAACAGAUUCAUUUUGGAAUUACAAUCUUCGACAAAAGGGAAAUCUUAAUUUACAAAAGAUAUUCGAUUAUAACCCCAAGAGUGAUGAAUUAUUUUAAUAGAUUGAGCAAAAUAUUAAAUUUCGAUUAAAGCCAUAAAUUGAUUAGGUAAAUUAUUACAAUCUAUAAUAUAAGUUUUUAAAAAUAAAUAAAAUAAAUGUAAAAUUGCUUAAAUAUCCAAAAAUUGAAUGGAUUCCAUUAAAAAAAUAAGCUUAAAAAAUCAAAAAAUCAAGCCUACCAAUUGACACUUAAGUCUUUUUACUAUUACACUACAAUCAGAAUUUUAUAAUCCACAAUAUAUCACCAUAAUCUGUGCAUUAAUAUACAAACUACUUUCAAAUUGACUAAAAUAUAAAAGUAUAUGUUCUACUAUUUUAGAGAUUAGAAGUUUAAGAUGUCCAAUUUAAAUACAAUUUUACUACUGAUUUAAGGGAAAAAUUUAAAUUAGAAAUACUGAAAAUUCCAAGAGAUGUUUGGAGAUCUUAGGAUGGUAUUAUUGAAAUGAUAAAUUUAAAUUCAAAAUUUGCUCUGCAUAAUUAUGACAUAAGUAUUUAAUGUUCUAAAUAUUUAGCCUAAUUAUAUUCAUUAUAUUUAUAUGUUGUAGAGCAAUAUAAUAUAUCUCAAUUAAAUUUAGAAGAAUUAUAAACAUUUUUAAAAGAAAAAAUAUCAAAAAAGAAUAUAUCCUUAAAAAUUAACUUAUAUUCGUUAGGUUUAAUUUUUCUUUAAUUUUAAAAUUAAUAAUUUUUCAAAAUAAAACCUACGAUUUUCCAGAAAAUAAAUUGCAUUUCACAAUUUAACCUGAAUGAAAUUCAGCAACUUUCUUAUAAAUCAUUUCAAACUCAUGAAUAUAUUGAUAAAGAAAAGGCUUUUUUGUGUAAUUCCUGCUUAAGAUUUUCAUCUAAAUGCAAUUGUAGCUUUAAUAAUCAGUUAUCUUAAUUAAGAAAUCUCUUAGAUUAUUGCUAAGCUUUAAAUUAUAAAGUAAAUGGUAAGAAAAUUAUAUGGGUUAACGAUGUUUUGUAAUAUAAUAUGAAAUUUGCAUGUAGUGUCAAGUGCUAUAAGAAUCCCAACAAUUAUAAUCAAAUUAAGAAAAACAACUUACCACAAAAUCUACUUGAUAUCAAAAAAACGAUAAAAAUUGAUUAAGAUCCUUGCAUUCUAGCUAAUGUACAUAAAUUUGACUGCUUAUAAAUUUUUCUUUUAGCUAAACUUUAAUAUAACGAACUAAGAGAUGAAUACAUAAAAGCUCUAAAGGAGAUCUAAUAUGUAAAAGAUUAAAACGCAUUAAUUAAUAAUCCAUAUAAAUCUGCGUCAUUAUAUAUAUCCUGCUGUCAUAAAUAAGAUUUUCAAUGUGAAUAAUGUAAAUGUGAAACAUUUUGUUCAAAAUAUUGUGAUUGUCCUUCCAAUUAAUGCCUAAAAAAAUUUAGGGGUUGUAAUUGCAAGGAUAGAUGCUCUUUUGAUGGCAGAUGCUCUUGCAGAAAGGAUAAUAUGGAAUGUGAUCCUUUAGUUUGUAAAUGCUGUUCUAUUGAAUCUAACUUUAUUUGUUCCAACACAUAAAUAUUAAUAAAAAAUGUGAAACCUACCCUUUUAGCUAGAUCUACAGUUUGUAGUGGACUUGGACUAUUUUCAAAACAAUUCAUAAUGAAAGGAGAAUUAAUUAUUUUAUAUAUAGGGGAAGCUAUAAUUGAUGAUGAAGACGAAAUACGAGAUUAAUUUGAUGAUGCAUUCUCAUUCUACAAUUACUAAUUAAGUGAUGAGAGAUAUUCGCUAGACAGUAGAUUUUGUGGAAAUGAAAGCAGAUUCAUCAAUCAUAACAGCCUAAAUUUAAAUAAUUGUAGAACAAAUCAAAUUUUUACUUGUGGUAAAAUUUAAGAUAAUCAUUUUUAUUUAGGUUAAUAUCAAUUGGCUAUAUUUGCUAUAAAAAAUAUCGAUCCUGAAUAAGAAAUCUUAUUGAAUUAUAAUGAAGGAGAGUCACUUAAUAAAGAAGUUCAUAAUUGGAAUGAAUAAUAAUAAUAGUUUUGGAAUUAUUUAUAUAAUACUGUUACAAAAGAAAGAUGA